AUGAGCAAAGCCGUCUUGCCGGAGACGAGCAAAGCCAUCCUCCCAGAGACCCAGGAGGCAGUGAGGAAGGUGAUGAAGCAGAUCAACUUCGCUCUCAGCUUCGGUUCACGGAAGCUCUAUGGCCGCCCGAUUCAAGACGCUCGGAGCUUCUUCCAGGCGCUGGACAGACAUGGCAAUGGCGUCUUGGAGCGCAAAGACAUUGCACAGGGCUUCAAGCACCUCGGUUCCCGUUCAGAACCUGCAUUCGAAACCCUAAAACCUAGACCAUAA